CCUUCGGGUUCCUCAAAUUUGAUUUCGAAUCGUCUUCCUCGUUCGUAUCGUUUACUCAGCUUUUAUUUUUCCAAAUCUUCACCACAUCACAUCUCCUGCAUUAUCAUUCAUCUCUUCAUCGGAUCUUUCUCCUCUUCUUCCCAUGAAUUCCUGUAGCUUAGGAGCUCCAAAACUUCGGAUUUCUUUAGCAAAUUUCAGUAGAUUAAGAUGUGGAAACUUGCUGAUACCGAACAAUCAAAGACUUUUUAUUGACCAAGGCCAAAGCCCCAUCAAGUUUCCGAGUCUGAGGACAACUCUGCGAGCUGUGAAAGCUGUCCAAUUGUCUACUGUCCCACCUGCAGAAACAUCUGCUAUUGCAGACGUAGAGGAUUCUGAAGAGACUGAACCAACUAUUGUGAAUACUCAGCUCAUUCCCAAUUCCUCUGAGGUUGAAGCACUUAUCAGUGAAAUCACUGAUUCCUCAUCAAUUGCAGAGUUUGAACUUAAACUGGGAGGUUUCCGCCUUUAUGUAGCAAGAAAAUUAGCUGACCAAAGUAGUCCACCACCUCAGCAAAUUCCAAAUGUGGUUGCUGCAAGCGCAGCUCCUGAGGGGGUUCAUACUAAUGGCUCAGCCACUUCUUCGUCAUUAGCUAUCACAAAAUCAUCAUCUUCAUCAGACAGACCACAAACACUCUCUAACAAAGCUGCUGAUCAGGGUUUAGUGAUUCUCCAAUCUCCAACGGUCGGUUAUUUCAGGAGAUCCAAAACCAUAAAAGGCAAACGCACUCCUACUAUCUGUAAAGAGAAAGACAUAGUGAAAGAAGGUCAAGUUCUAUGCUACAUCGAACAACUCGGUGGCCAGAUCCCAGUUGAGUCUGAUGUUUCCGGUGAGAUUGUCAAAAUACUCCGCGAAGAUGGCGAGCCUGUAGGAUACAACGAUGCUCUCAUCACAGUUCUUCCUUCAUUUCCUGGCAUCAAGAAGCUUCAGUAAGAACUGAUUUUGGUUUAAUUAUGUUUCUGUAUUCUUCUUUGUUUUUUAUUUCUCCACAUAGACAAAUAAGCUCCACUCUCUAAAAUGUCGUUGUUGGUACCA